UUCCAGUUCAGUUUCAGUUCAGACGAGCCCGGGCCACAUGGAGAGAGAGGAUUUCUGCAAUACCGUCUCUUCCUGUACGCCAAAAUGACCCAACGAAGUGUCUUGCAGGAAGCUGCGUGGGCACAGAGCUGGCAUGACUUACUAGGCGAAUGAGGAGCGCCAUUUACCGUGGUUCUACCAACAACGGGGGUGUAGGUUCCAUGAGGCAUCCACACCAAGGCGAUAGGGGCCACUUAAAGUGUGGAGCUCGCAGGGAGCCGGCAUGGCAAGAAGGGCUGAUGUCUCGAGUAAAGGGAGCCAGGACCUGCAUGGAAGCGGCUCCUCCAGGAACAGGCUCUGCGGGAGUUGUCAGGAGAAUGGCAAAUCAAACGGAGUCGCCCACAGCUGGUCCAAGAGGGAGAGCUUCGAACAGGCCCCCAUGUACGUGGCCGUGCUCACGUACCUGGGCUUCGGCAUCGUCACCCUCUUCGGCUACUUUCGGGACUUCCUAAGAGCCGUCGGACUCGAGAAGUGUCACCUCGCCCAAGAGAGGGACGAGCAGAAGGACUUUGUUCCGCUUUACCAGGACUUUGAGAACUUCUAUACGCGAAACCUGUACAUGAGGGUCCGCGACAACUGGAAUCGUCCAAUAUGCAGUUUGCCUGGCCCAGAGUUUGAUCUGAUGGAGAGGGUCUCUGAUGACUACAACUGGACUUUCAGAUUAACAGGCAGAACAAUACACAACGUUAUCAACAUGGGCUCCUACAACUAUCUGGGCUUUGCUGAGAAUAACGAGAAAUUCCUACAACCCGUGGCGAAUGCAACAAAGGAGUAUGGGAUCGGUGUGUGUAGCACCCGCCAGGAAAUGGGCAACCUGGACAUUCACCAGGAACUGGAGGAGCUGGUGGCUUCCUUCCUGGGGGCUGAGUCGGCCAUGACCUUUGGAAUGGGUUUCGCCACAAACUCCAUGAACAUCCCAGCCCUGGUCAGCAGGGGCUGCCUGAUCCUCAGUGAUGAGCUGAACCACACCUCACUAAUCCUGGGAGCCAGACUGUCAGGGGCCACCAUCCGGGUAUUCAAACACAACAACAUGCAGAGCCUGGAGAAGCUGCUGAAAGAGGCUAUAAUGGGAGGACAGCCCCGCACCCAUCGACCUUGGAGGAAAAUCCUCAUCGUAGUGGAGGGAAUCUACAGCAUGGAGGGCUCCAUCGUGCGUUUGCCAGAGAUCGUGGCUCUGAAGAAGAAGUACAAGGCCUACCUGUACCUGGAUGAGGCCCACAGCAUCGGGGCUGUGGGGGCCACAGGGCGUGGCGUCACCCAGCUCUUCGGUCUGGACCCCUCCGACGUGGACGUCCUCAUGGGCACCUUCACCAAGAGCUUUGGGGCGGCCGGAGGCUACAUCGCUGGGAAGAAGGAGCUUGUGGACUACCUGCGGGCACAUUCCCACAGCGCAGCCUACGCCACCGCCAUGUCCCCACCGGUGGCCAGGCAGAUCAUCAGAGCGAUGAAGUGCAUCAUGGGACUGGACGGACUGACAGUCGGCAUUCAGAGGGUGCGCCAGCUGGCGGAGAACACCAGGUACUUCCGGCGUCGGCUGCAGGAGCUUGGUUUCAUCAUUUACGGCUCCCAGGACUCGCCUGUGGUCCCACUGCUACUCUACAUGCCAGGGAAAGUUGGGGCCUUCUCCCGAGCCAUGCUGGAGCGCAAGAUUGGCGUGGUGGUGGUAGGUUUUCCGGCCACGCCCAUCACCGAGGCUCGGGCGCGCUUCUGCGUCUCUUCAGCCCACACCCGGGACAUGCUGGACAAGGUGCUGUGUUCCCUAGAUGAACUUGGAGACUACCUGGGCCUCAAGUUCUCCCGCCGGAAGUGCACUCAGUUUGAACUGGACAGCUGAUGAUGGAAGGACCCCCCCUGGUCAGCAUAGCAGUGGGAUUGUGGGACGUCAGAGUCAUUUACAUGUGCUGGACAGUUUAAUGUCCAUGACCGUGUGGACAGUCAUUUUAUGACCACCAAGAUGCAAAACUCUGUAUCUCAUCCGUUUUUCCCUGUAUGUUUACUACACUUGUGUUCAUAGUAAAUAUGAUUAUUUUGUUGUUUUUUUUAUUGCUAGAUAAGCAUCUUUUUUAGGCUAAAAGCACUGAAGAAGUGUUUUUGUGUUCAUGAACAAGGGAGGUCAAAGUGCACAGCAACAGAAAAAUGAAAUCCAGUUCAGUUUGUGGAUCAAAUCAUCGCUCUGACCGACCCAUCCGCCAGUUGCACAACCUGCAUCCUUGAAACAGUGACUUGUUUUUUAUGCUUUUUUAUUGCACGCGUCUUUGCUUCAUGAAAGACCACCAUCAUGAACUGGUUUGUAAUUUCAGAUGAAAGGGUGGGGUGAAAUUUCAUUUAAUUUGGAACUUUGCCACUAAUGAUAUGAAUCUGGUCAAGGUAGUUUACAAAGACCUUUAUCUCUGGUCUCAUUUGGAGUGCACUCCGAAUUUGUAAUAUUUAUGUAAUUUUUCAACUUGUCCUGGUCACGGCUUCACCAUCCUCCCUGGUGGGAUGAAGGUGUUCCGAAAACAAUUUGUGAAGUGCAGCUUAUUAUAUCUCAAGUGGUGGCUGCGCAUAAAGAAAAUACAUUUCUAAUAAAUCUGCUCCUGCUUUUUCCCCUAAAGCAAUAAAAUUAAGCUUGGGAGCUCCAUUUAUAGCAUUCAUUAAGUGGUCAUCAGGAGGCGUUGUGGUUAGAGAUGAUUCAGAUACUCAUCAUAAAUUGAUACAGUAAAAAUUACCCCACUGUAUAAAUGGGUAAAUCACUGUGAGAAGCUUUGUGCACAAAAUUCACAUUCUGUCUGUCACCUUGCAGACAGUGCUAGCUAUAAUAAUAAUAAUAAUUUUGGAUCAUGUCUUUGCUCUGAAUAUACUGAACAUCUCCCAUUUCAGUUUACCACAUCCUCCUGUUUUUGACUGACAUACAUAAAGUGUUGUGCAGGACAGUUGUCCUGCAUCAAAUGUCGAGGCACUGGGUCCCACGUGAAAUGUUGGUCGUUUCACCUUUGUGUAUUUUCAUUUGAACAAAAUUUGCCACUGACAGCAUUUGCCACUGUUCUCUCCAUAAAGCUGAACAUGCAGCUAUUAUGUCUUUGACACACAAUUAAAUUAAAAAAAUUUCUUGCACAACAGAAAA